ACGACUACGAAGAAGAAGAAGAAGAAGCAGACGAAGGAGGAGAGGGGAUAAUUUUGCGAUGUUUGUAAUGUUCAUGCUGCGCCGAUAGCUGUAAUUAGCAGGACUGUGUUAAGCUCAGUUUCGCUGUUUUGUGUUUUGAAGCGUUACUGCGGCGCUGCACCUCAGCUAACUUACAGUAAAAAGUUAGCCCCUGUUGCUAAUGUCAUCGUUACAGGCUGAGUUAAAGAGCAGUGACACGGGCUGCACCGUGUGACCUUUCAUAUCUGACAGUUAGCUUGUUUGUCACUCAGUAAAACGCAUUUGCUUCUAACUCUGUUAGUACAUAAUCAACACAGCCUAGAAAAUUCAGGCAGCAAUGACGCGGUCAGUCGAGAUGUUUUUACUCGUUUAAACGGUUUUCAAAUUGUAAACUUUGAACGCAACGUUAAGAUUAAUUGUAUGCUUCAGUUGGUCUUCAAGCUAGGUGAAAAUAUGGCUGACGAUCCCCAGAGAAAUUUUCGCUCUGCCUAUUAUGAGAAGGUGGGCUUCAGAGGAGUCGAGGAGAAGAAAUCUCUAGAGAUCCUGCUCAAGGACAACCCUCUUGAUGUAGAGAAGCUAAGCACCUUCAGUCAGAGGUUCCCCCUCCCUUCCAUGUACAGGAUCCAUGUGUGGAAGGUACUGCUGGGAAUCCUGCCACCCCACAGUGAUUCUCACGCUCUGGUGGCGGGCUACAGGAAGGAACAGUAUCAGGAUAUUCUGGAGGCCCUGGAGGUGAUGAGGUUCAUCAACACCUCCACACCCACGACCCAGGUCUACCUGCGCAUGUUCCAGCUCGAGAGCCAGGUGCUGCCACGGUGCUCUGAUACCUCACCACCGGAUGAGGAAAAUGAGGACUUCCUGUCCAUCAGCCGAGCCAUGGAGGAAAUUGUCGAUGACCCUAUAGACUGCUAUUGGCUGAUCAAGUGCUUUGUCAAUCAGUUUCACACAAAAUUUGGAGACUCAAUACCCCAUCUUCCCAAAAGUCUGGAGCACUACCUGAGCCAGGAGGAGCCUCGAUUCCUGAACCAGCUGAAGAGUACCGGUGUCUUGGCAAAGCUGCCCUACAACCUCUGGUUCAGACGCUGCUUUGCUGGCUGCUUGCCUGAAUCCAGCCUGCAGAGGGUGUGGGACAAGGUGAUCAGUGGCUCCUGUAAGAUCCUGGUGUUUGUUGCCCUUGAGAUUCUGCUCAGCUAUAAGAUCAUGUUGUCGGGUAUUAACCGACCAGAGGGUGUGGUGAAGUUUCUGUGCAAUAUACCACAGGAAAACACAGAUGCCAUUGUGACCAAAGCCAUCGAUCUGUGGCACAAAUACUGUGGCACACCGAUGCAUGCUGUAUAGCCAUGUGGAGCUCCAGACACCAUGGAAACGUGGACUCAGACAAUGCACCUUCCUUAGAUGCAUCUCAUCUUAUCUUUCUCUCCACUGAGAGAGCAUUCAUGAACACGGCAGACAGCAUCUGUGGAGCUUCGAUCCUGAUUGACUGAACUGAAAACUCAUCAGGUUUACCGGAGAUAAGCUUGGGACUUUGGAGGCAAUUUGGCAUAUCGACAAGACGCUUUUGCCAAGUUUUUUUUUUUUUUUUUUUUGGGAAGAAAACAUGUUCUGCUGGAAAUUUCAAAUGGUAUGCUUCAACAAAGGUAAUGACUACCUAGUAGAAUGUCAUGCUCACACUUAUUAAUGAAGCCUAUAAUCUAUGAAUGUCAACACAGUAAUCUCUGUUUGGAAAAGGCAGGCAAACGUAAACUGUAUUUUUUAAUAAGUUUCCUUCUUUAAGAAACUGCAUACAUCAUAGAAGACUCACAAUAAAUUAACAAUCACAUGCAGCUUUUCUGCUUUACAAAAAAACAUUUGAAAAGUCUCACUUUGUUUCUUUAUGUACAUAUCUUAUAAUUCUGACAGAAUUACAUUUUAAAACAUUUGAAAAGUACAAGUGACAGUAACAUUACUGACUCCUGUACACAAGCGCACACACAAGCGCACACACAAACACACGUACACACACAGUCAUGACACAAAACAGAGCAACCAGUUCUCCAAUAUGAUCAAAACCGCCAAUUCAUUAACUGUGUUUGCACUGUAAACAAUAUUUGAAAGAAAGGUGGCAAGGUUUCCAUAUUAUUUUGUACUGCUGAAGGUUUGUACAGACAAUAAACUAUAAAAUAUAAAAAAACA